AUGUCAUUUCAAAACAAUUCUGGGAAAGCCACUAUUGAAUUUGUUUUUGUUGGAUUUGACACUGUACAAAGACCUCUGGCUGUUGGAGUGAUCAUGCUGAUACUGUAUGUACUUACUAUGAUUUGUAACAUUGCAAACAUUGGCUUUAUCAUAAUGGAUAAACGUCUGCACCAGCCAAUGUACAUUUUUAUCUGCCAUUUAGCACUUGUAGAUAUGGUUCACUGUACAAGCUCAUGUCCAACUAUGAUAGGUAUUCUUCUUGUCGGGUAUAAAACUAUAUACUACAAUUCAUGCAUUGUUCAGAUGUUCACCUUCCAUUUAGGAGCAACAAUGGAGACGUUUGCAAUUGCUGUCAUGGCAUUUGACCGUUUUAUUGCUAUAGGAAGUCCAUUUUGGUAUCCUACUGUUAUGACAAAUUGUCGAUGUUUUUUUAUCAUUAUUUCACUGUGGCUGGUGGGAGCUUCAACCAUGUUUAUUUUGCCUGCUUCUGUUGUUCCUCUACCAGUUUGUUACUUUACGCUGAAGUACAUGUUUUGUGACUAUGCAUCUAUUACAAGGGCAAGCUGUGCAGACCCAGAACCAUAUUUUAAUACUAUAUCUAUUUUAACAAGUUGCUUAAUUUUUGUUACAUUCAGUUUCAUCUGCUUAUCUUAUAUACAUAUUGUUAUUGUUGUUAAAAUGAACUCAAACUCUGAUAAGAAAAAGGCUAUACAUACAUGUUUAAGUCACAUUAUAGUCAUAGUCUGCUAUUAUGUACCUUGUUUCACACGAAUAGUUCUCACCAGGAUUGGUUUACUUUUAACACUGGAGGAAAGAAAUGGCUUGAUGGUGGGAUCAAUUAUCGGCCCAUCUUUAGUUAAUCCUUUCAUAUACUGCUUUAGAACCAAGGAGAUAAAAAAUAAGUUAUUCAAAAUAUUUUCAAAAGUUGAAAGUAGGAAACCUUAA